UAAACCCAACCCGAGCUAAAAAUGAUGGGGUGAUGGCAUCCGGAAUCACCCCCAAAAGAACUGAUCUCCGUUAGAGAGAAAGAGCGAUCGAGGCCGAGAUGAGACCGCCCACCGUCUCCAUCGCUCUCCUCCUCCUAAUUCCCCUUCUCUCAAUUCUCCCCGUAUCGGUGCCGGUUUCGGCGGCGAGGAGGAGCCCCCGGUUCUUGGGGGACUUUGCCUUCUCGCUCCCCGAUCCCUCCCGGCACCGGAAGGCGGCGUACCAGUACGAGACGCGCUACUUCCGGCAGCGGCUGGACCAUUUCAGCUUCGCGGAGCUGCCGUCCUUCCAGCAGCGCUACCUGGUUGGCCCCUCCGACCACUGGGCCCGCCCCGCCGGUCCCAUCUUCUUCUACUGCGGCAACGAGGGCGACAUCGAGUGGUUCGCCUCCAACACCGGCUUCGUCUGGGAGAUCGCCCCUCUCUUCUCCGCCCUCGUCGUCUUCGCCGAACAUCGUUACUAUGGAGAGUCCAUGCCGUAUGGCAGCAGAGACAGAGCAUACGAAAAUGCGGAGUCCUUGUCAUACCUCACCACCGAGCAAGCUCUUGCCGACUUCGCGGUGCUGCUCACCGACCUGAAGCGGAACUUGUCGGCGGAGGACAGUCCUGUCGUGCUAUUCGGCGGAUCGUAUGGUGGAAUGCUGGCUGCUUGGAUGAGGCUGAAGUACCCGCACAUUGCCAUUGGCGCACUUGCUUCCUCGGCACCGAUUCUUCAAUUCGAAGAUAUCGUCCCGCCGGAGACGUUCUACGACAUGGUUUCCAGUGAUUUUAGACGUGAAAGUUUGAGCUGCUUUAAAGCCAUCAAGGAGUCUUGGGAUGCAUUGGAAGAUCAAGGGCAGGGGCACGAUAAUCUAGUUAAUCUGAGUAGGAAAUUCCGCUUGUGCCGGGAGCUGAAUAAUACAGCAGAACUUUCGAACUGGUUAAGCUCAGCCUACAGCUAUCUGGCCAUGGUGGACUAUCCAUAUCCGUCUGAUUUUCUGAUGCCUUUGCCUGCAAACCCUAUAAAAGAGGUAUGCAGAAAAAUUGACAGUUAUCCUGAUGGGACUGAUCUUCUGGAUCGUAUUUUUGCUGGAGUAAGCAUCUAUUACAAUUACACCGGAACUGUCGAUUGCUUUGAUUUAGAGGAUGAUCCUCAUGGCAUGAGUGGCUGGGGUUGGCAGGCCUGCACUGAGAUGGUUAUGCCAAUGUCUAGCAGCCAAGAGAAUAGCAUGUUUCCUACAUACAAUUUUAGUUAUGCUGCUUAUCAAGAUGAGUGUGUUCAUAACUAUGGUGUCAGGCCAAGACCUCGAUGGGUUACCACUGAGUUUGGUGGCCAUGAUAUCAAGACAGCCUUGAAGGAGUUUGGCAGUAACAUUAUUUUCUCAAAUGGACUCUUGGAUCCUUGGAGUGGUGGGAGUGUGCUGCAGAACAUAUCUGAGAGUAUAAUUGCACUUGUUACUGAACUAGGAGCACAUCACAUAGAUUUGCGUCCUUCAACAAAUGAGGAUCCUGAUUGGUUAAUAGAACAGAGGAAAUCAGAAAUCAGUCUUAUAAGAGGUUGGAUAUAUGAUUAUUACCAGGAGAAGGUGGCCUCUUUCAGCAUGUAGUUCCGGUGGUUUGUGUCACCACCAUGGAGGUAGUAGUUUGAUUUCAACAAUAACCGCUUUUCUCAAACUUUGAAGAAACAGGAUGCUAAUAUUAUAAAUACAGUCUGCAUGAGUACUUUUUGAUGUUUGUGCAAUUUGUCUUUCUGUCAGAAAUCUUAAUUUUUUAUUAUUUUCUUAUAACUUGACUGAUAA